AUGUUUCUGAAAGAGAGAGAACAAUUAUUUUUAUUAAAAACAAAUCAAGAACAAGAAAAAUCAGCAUCAUCAUUAACAUCCGAUAAUUCACCAUUGUUAAUUAUUGAUGAAAAUGUCAGUGAGACGCUUGAAAGUGAAAAUGAAUCACGUCAUUCACCAGAAAGUUUUUCAAGCAAUACAACAACAACAGAAACAAAAUCUUUAGAAGAAAAAUCACUUCCAGAUCCAUAUAUAUUACCAUCUUUACCAAGUCAAGUAAAUGAUGCAAUAAAUCUUAAAAAAAUAGAUAAAUUCGAAAAACUUUGUAAUUUUCGUUCCAUUGUUAUUGAUACAGUUUUUCAUGAUUUAAAAACCAAUUAUAACUUGUUGUAUCCGACAAGAUCACAAUAUGCAAGUAUCGUUCAUGGUAUAUUAAAGCAUUUGGGUAUUGAACAUGAUCAGAAGAAUGCUGUGACUGAUGUUAAAAUAUUAGCAUGUGUUGAUUUGGAUUAUUGUGUUAAAGAAAAAAUGGAUAUACUUUCACGUAAAAUUCUCUCUGGUAAUCAAUUUCCUACAGAUAGUCCAGCUAUUCGGUGUUUAAAAGUGUUGUGCAGUAUAUUGAACGAUUCAUGGAAACAUUAUAUUUGCUUUUAUCCUGAAAAACCAUCCACUCCUCAACCAACUAUAGUUAUCCAAGAUGAUAACAUAAAUAUUUAUGUUGAUUGGGAAUUGAUUUGUAGUUCACAUUCAAUUGAACAAUCGUUUGCUGUACUUGUUGGAUUAUAUCGUUUGUUAAAUCUGAAAUUUAAUCCAUAUCGUUCUGCUAUACGAUUUUUGUACGUCUACUUCUUAAAUGAUAAACAACAACCAUCAAAUAUUAUUCGAAGAUUUUGUAAAGAAUAUAACAUUGAAAUUCAAGAAAAUCUUCCAUCAUUGGCUAAUCAAAAUGAAGAAGCAGCGGAUAGUACUAAUAAUACAUUCAGUUACGACGUACCAGAAGAUAUAACUGCUGAUCAGGAAAAAGAAAACAAAAAUACAUCUGAUCAACUUUCAACUCCAGCCUCAAAUCCUCAACCGAUUACAAAUCAAAAUAGUCGUAAAAGAAAACCCGCUCGAUUAACUGAUCCUUUAACUAAUGAUGAACAAAAUACUCCACCAACAAAAAAAACCAGAUUAUCAAAUCCAAAACGACGCUAA